AUGCCCCUCCUCUCCCUCUAUCUCACCCUCUUUCCUGACCCUCCCAUGUACCCCUCCUCCCCCGUGCAUGCCCUGCUUCCCUCGAUCCCCUUCCCUGCUUCCCCCCAUCCCCUUCCCUUCUUCCGCCCAUCCUCUUCCCUGCUUCCCCCCCUCCCCGCCCCUAACCCUUUCCACCCCACUCCACUCCUUUCUUCCCCUCCUGUACCCAUCUGGUCCAUUGCAGAGCCAGUUGGGCGGCAAGGUGCUUUUCUUCCAGUCCACCAUGCCCUCCCUAGGCGCGGCCGGCAGAGGCUGCGGGGAGAUGACCCGGAGCUGUAUGGCACGGACAGGGAGCACACGAGUCAGUUGGGCAGCAAGGUCCUUCUCUUCCAGUCCACCAUGCCUUCUCUCGGAGCAGGCAGGCUGAGGCUGAGAGGCGACGAUCCCCGGCUGUGUAUGGCACGGACAGGGAGCUCGACCGCGCACUGCUCUGAAGACGCUUUUUAUAAGACACCAGCGGCCGAGUUCUCCCGCGCGCAGCUUUGUGUCGACGUGUUUGUCUUCAGCAGCAAAAACUGCGACCUGGCUUCUCGUGCGUCUUAA